AUGGCAAGGGAACGGCAAGAAGGACAAUUAGUAACUCCAAAGGUGAGGUCUGCAACCAAGGCUGACGUGACUACUGUCUCAGGUGCUAUGCUUAGAUCUGAUGCAGCAUGGAGUGAAACACUUUCGCGAGCUGGUCUGGGAUGGAUCUUAACACAGAAUGAUGUGUCAACUGGCUUCUCACGGUUGGAGAACAAUGUACCCUCUCCUCUCAUGGCAGAGGGACUUGCAUUACGGGAUGCUAUUCAAAAAAGCGUGGAACUGGGAGUAAAGAACUUGCAGGUGGAAUCAGACUCGAAAAUUCUUAUCAACAGCAUCUUAAACGGCAACGAUGUCCCGGAACUUUACGGAAUAGUCGCAGAUAUUCUACUUUGCUCUGUUUUGUUUGAUUCUAUCUCUUUUAGAUGGAUUUCUAGAGAAAAAAAAUUUGCUGUUGAUUUAGUAGCAAAGCAGUUGUUGGGUGUAAGUGAGGCUUUAAUGACCUUUAACUAA